UUCAAUGCGCGUGUGUUGAAGCAGAACUGUGGUGUAAGUGGCGGAUGAGAGGGAGCUGAUUGCGCCAUGAUUUCGGCUGAGGCCUUUUCAGGAACCUCGCGGGAAGACCGCGACCAGAAGUAAUAAGCCAGAAUGAAGCUUCAAAAAUCACUGGGAGUAUCCAGGUCUUUGUGGGGAGUUUGGAUUCUUGUAUUGGAAUGGAAUUAGGGAACAAGCUUGAGAGGGUGAGGCUCAAGAUGAGCAAGGAUUCUUAUCUUAUCGCCGAACUGACUUGUCGGCGAAUUAGUGGAGUCUCGAGGGUUGAAUCGAUGACAUAGUUGCCAUCUUGGGUCAAUUUCCUCCUUGCUUUCCUUCAAUAUCAUCCUUUCAACUAACAAGAAUGUCUAAAAACACACAUACAGAUGUUCUACUGGUGAGCUUUCAUUUUUCUUAUUGUUAUUUAGAAAUUCCCUUCUAUCCGCCAAGAGUCCUUUAAUGAGCUUAGAUCUUGAUCUUGGCCGUCUGGACUGUCAAACGCAGAAAACUUAGUCUUCUCAUUUGAAGGUUAACUUUAUGGUUAAUCUCCUUACUCGGGAGGGAAUUAAUUUCUCUGAAGGAGUCUACAGUUUUGAAUGGGAAAACGAGUUACGCCCAAACGAUUUCUUCGUCUCGCAAAGCACAGACUAAAGCACGUAUUCAGAAUGAACAUCACUGAUAUCGAUAGGCAGGAGCAUUUGCAGCAUUCAGCGUUGAUUUACUAGUCUAUCCUUUGGACACUUUGAAAACGCGACUUCAAAGUCAGGACUACCAAAAAAUCUACAUUGAUGCUUCUAAAAAUGCUAUCAACCGAAGACUUCUCUUUAGUGGUCUCUACCAAGGAGUUGGUAGCAUAAUUUUGAUUACAAUACCUUCCUGUAGGUUUUCCGAUCGUCGCUUAGGAAAACAAGAGCUUUUGUCAAAUAUACAGUGAAUAAAAGAUAAAUGCUAAAUGACCAACUAGCUGGAGCAUUCUUCACAACAUAUGAAGCUGUGAAAAGCGGCUUCAACAAAAUCAAUCCAACUCGGAAUGAUUCAUCAUCACCAUUGUUUCCACAACCACUCGUCCACAGUGCAGCAUCAUCUAUUGCGGAGCUCGUGUCAUGCUUUAUCCUAACUCCCGCAGAAGUCUUGAAACAAAAUGCUCAGAUGAUCCGCAAACCGAGUACAGAAUCCAGCUCCAAAUCUUCGACUGUAUUCCGAUCAUCUGCGACUAUCCAAACUCUUAAGAGAUUCAAAAACCCAUCAAAACUAUGGAUUGGUUACACAGCACUCGCCGCAAGAAACCUUCCCUUUACAGCUAUGCAAUUCCCAAUGUUUGAGCAUAUGAAGGAAUCCAUCAAACAAUACAGGAAAGACAAAGGAAUAUUUACUGGCAGCCUGAUCGAGACUUCGAUUACUACUGCCGUGAGUGCUGGAAGUGCUGGAAGUAUUGCGGCCAUCAUAACAACCCCAAUCGAUGUUGUAAAGACCCGAAUAAUGCUUUCGGCCGCGAGUGAAAAGGAGACAAUAGAGAACAUCCAAAAUGUCAAAGAUCAACCACCUGAGAAGCAGGCUCAGAUGAGAGGUAGCUCCAAAAAGAGUGGCUUGGUAGUCGGGCGUGAUAUUUUCAAGGACCAAGGGAUGAAGGGGUUGUUUCGUGGAGGGACUCUCAGGGCUGCAUGGACAGCUCUGGGAAGCGGACUCUAUCUUGGUGUUUAUGAGACUGGCCGAGUAUGGCUAGGUGACCGACAUGAAAGCACUGGUGGCAAUGACCUAUAAAUUCCGAUGCAGCUUGGAGUGGUACUGGGCUUGACUUGUGGUGUUUUUGACACAUAACAACAGUGGUUGGUCGGUUUCUGAUCGCUUAUUCGCAUCCCUCUGUUCUACAGUCAAAACCAGCCUCGGAUGGUAGAGAAAAGUAUCUCCCCAGUGGGAGCCAUUAAAGCGAAUCGUUGAAAUUUCAUUUUUUGAACUACCGAGGUACUGUACCAAGGUACUUCUUCUGCGCAUAAAGGUGCAGCAGGAGUCGGCCGGAUGCCGAAAUCGAGAGGUGUGACCCCGUCACCAUGUUGCAUAUAUGUCGGCGGUGAGGCUCGGAAGCGAGCAAGAAAUGAGGGAAAUCUUGGUGGUACUGAGAGCGCACUCUGUCUCAUAGAUAUAUGAUGAUUGCGUUGUGGAAGUGUUUUUGGUCAAGGUGGGCGGUGAGUCGUGUUGAGGAACCACCAAAGAUAAGUCGAGGGUUCCUAG